GGCCUCCGGCGACUGGGUUUUCAUCGGGAAUAUGUGUAAUGUUUUGGGCAUGUUUCUGUACUUGGAUCUCCUAGGUGGGUCGGAUUUCAGUGGGAGUUUUGUCCUUUCAUGGCGUUCAUCCUGUUUUACUUUCAUCUGUUCUUUUUUCUUCUUCUUUUUUUCCUUGUGCUCUAUGUGUGUGACCGAGGUGAGAGAGAGAUCACAGGUACUUAUUUUGCUCGAUACCUGGGUUGAGGAGGAUGGGACGGGGGGUGUUGUGUCUUGAUUUUGUAUCCGGUGUUUGGGUUCGUGUCUGUCUUCGUCUUUGUUUGGGUGCGGUCAUCUCCCUUACUAUAUCCUCGGGAUUUUUGUUGAUGCAACUUUCUGUCUCUUUUUCACCUCACCUUUUUAGUGUUCAUUUCUCUACCUCUUUUUCUCUCUUCUGUGGGGAGUUUGGGAUCAUGGCGGGAAGGGGGGAUCACAGAGGGAGGGGAUGGGGGGAUGUGGGGAUGGGGAUGUUUAGACAUUUUCCAGCUUUUACAGUCUCAUGUUGGGUACAGGUGGCGGGGUUGGUGGUGGACAGGACAGAUCUGGUGGGAUUGGCGGGAGAAUGGGCGGGGAGGCGGGGAAGUGGAGGGGAGGGGACGGGAAGGGGAAGGGGAGUGGGUGGUGGAGGGAGGACGACAGAGCCUGGCGAAGAAGGCUGGAGACGAGAGGAUGGGCGGAUGGGCGGAUAAAACUAGAAACUGAGAUGGUGAUGGGAGAUGAAAUGGAAAUAGAGCUCGAAACUCGAUUUCGAGCUGCUUUCUUGAAGUCCAAGUCCACGUUCCUACGUUCGAAAUCUUCAAAUCUCAGGUUCUUGAAUUCCAC